AUGAAACUCUCCCCGGUACCUCGACGAGUGAUCGGCGUUCAACAACCGACCAGAAUCUAUCUGCACGGCUUCAGUGAUGCGUCAGAGCGAGCCAUGGGUGCGUGCGUCUACAUUCGAGCUGCUGUCGAAGGAGGAAACACAUCAUCACAUCUGCUGUGCGCGAAAUCUAAAUUGGCGCCUAUCGGAAAUGGACGGACCACGUUACCUCGCCUGGAACUGUGUGCGGCGGUGAUUUUGGCCCGCCUGAUGGCGAGCGUUAUCACGGCAAUCUCAACCCCUUUCAUCGAAAUACGAGCUUAUUCGGACUCCACAGUGGCACUAGCAUGGAUUUAUGGCGCAUCCUUCGGGGAUCGGCAUGCAACCACAAUUCAUAACCAUUCGCUCGCUACCGAGGAAUGUGCACCGGUGGAUGGCUAA